CAUGUGAAAGCUAUCGCUAUCGAUAUCGAUAGUACUUCGAGUGCUUCCGAAAAUAAAAAUUGAUUUGCAUUUGUUCUCGGCUUAACAUGAAUUAAAUGUUAUUGUUUUCGAUCCGUUAAGAACUAAUGAAUCGCCAAAUCACGAAAACUCACUUCGUAAACGGAGUAUAUUUAAACAAUUGAACAACUGCCAAAAAGUGGAGCGUAUGUGAAGUAAAAGGCGUGUGUACCAAGCGAUAAGCGAUUAAAAAACGGUAAAAAGGAAGCUUUGAAAGAAAAGAAAGAAAGAAAGAUACAUUUCGCAAAAGAAAGAAAAAACAACGAAACGCGUGUGUCGCAUAAAACUGGUGAAAAUCGCAACAAAAAAGUGUAUGUCUAAUAGGAAAAUGUGGCUCCGCCAGCGAUAACGGUACUCCAAAGCGCUCUCUCGCACGUACACAGGCAUACACCGCACACGCACACCACUACCACUGCCAAAUAGCGAAUCCUGACCAACAGCCGCACCUAUAAAAGUGGGCGUAGGUAGAGACAAAUUACUGUUAUAAAUUGCCAAAUAGUGAUGUAUGCUAAUUGUUUAAACAAAUCCAUGGUGGCUUAAACUAAUACCUUCGUAAAUUCCAAUACACACCUAUACAUACGUACCCACACAUACCUACGCAGGGAGAGGGAGUCGGAAAGGAAACGAAAGUACAGGAUAGAAAGCAAGAAGAAGAAGCAGAACGAAGCAGCAUCGGCGCGUUGGAGAAAUGUGCGGGAAGAGAAGAUUGAAAAUAAACGUGUAGUAGAGAAUUUUUGAAGCACUCACACACCCACAACUCCCACACUCUUUCUCUCUGUCUCUCUGCUUAUCCCGUUUGCCGCCUACACACACACACGUACGCAUAUACAUACGAACGUACGCUCUCAAAUCGCGAAUAGCGUGAGCUUUUGUUGUUGCUGCUUCUCCCACUCCCUCUCUCAUUCUGAGGCGCUUCUAUUAUUUUUGUUGUUGUUGCCGCUGAGCAAAUGGCAGACCCUCUAAGCGGGCGCCGCUGGUGAUAACAUGUCGUAAUGGCCAGAGAGGAGUCUCGCGGCAAGAGACCACUGAAAAUCUGGGACAGCUGGCGGAAUGUGCGCAAGGGCGUCGUAGUUGGGACCUUCGAGGAGCUCUUGGUCCGCGGCAAGGAUAAGCUGGGGGUUCCUGCUUCAGAACCGGUGCGUGUUGUUCUGGAGUGUGAUGGAACCCAAAUCGAGGAUGGCGAAUACUUUCGCACCCUGGCCAACAAUACGGUGCUGUUGCUGUUGAGGCAGGGUGAGCGCUGGUAUCCAACUGGCGUCGAUGUCAUAAAGGCUGCCAUAUCAGCUAUACCGAAAAUCGUCUGUGAGACGAUUCAUGCGUUGGAGUUGCACGAUGAGACACCGUCGUGGAAGAUCAUGGAUAACAAAGGGCGUGUUACGGUCGUUCUGCACUGGGAUCAGCGGCAGGGUGGAGGAAGCGGCGGCGGAGGAGGCGGUGGCGCCGGUGGCGGAGUGGGGAGCAUGUGCUCCGGCCUGGGCAGUAGCAAUGGCUUGCUGUCGUCUGACAAGUAUUCACCCUCAAAAAAGGGUCUCUCCGCGCAGAGUUCGUUGGAUAACAAGUCGGUGUCGUCGCAAUCCUCCCAGCCGCGUUAUGCCAGCCCUCAAAUAACGGUGAUCAGUGACGACGGACCGGCGAGCAUAUAUCAUCCCGGUGGCGUUGUCCUGCCGCCAGGAGUUGUGAUACCCGGCGGCAGUAGGCGGCUCUCUAAGCAGGGUAGCUCUUUCGACAGCACCGUGGGCGUGGGCGUUGGAGCUGUCCACGUGCAUACGCCGGAAUGCGCCCACCACGCCCACACGCCCAGUCGGGCGGGCAGUCCCAGCACCACGGAGUGCGACUUCCACUGCUGUGCGCUGCACGAGGAGGGACGCAAGAUCGCCGUACACAAGAGCGUGGCCACGUCGCCCAUCCAGGACGGGAGCAGCAGUCCCCAGCCGCAGUCGGCACCAUCGGUUAUGGAUCCUAUGCUGGGCGGCAGUGGCAGCGGCGGAGGCGGCAGCAUGCAGCGCCGCUCGUCAGGCGCCAAGGGCCAUGUCCGAUUCCUGGACAUCGCCCCCGAGCGGGAUAGCUCCGAAAGUGAAACGGAGAACACGGUGAUGGAGGACGACAAGACGACGACGGAGAAGUUUCUGCUGCUGAUUGAUCAGCUUUCGGUGGACCAGAAGCGCCACCUAAGCAUCAAGGACAUCGGUAUCAUACUGGAACGCCUCAACUCCAAGAUCCUCGACGUGGAGCGAUUGGAUCGCGAGUCCGAGUCGGACGAUUGCUACAACUGGACGAUAAAGGCGACAAUACGCGGCGAUGCGCUGCGCGAACUGGGCGUCAUUUACAAUGGCAACUACUAUGCCAUCUCCGAGCAUCCUGGCUACAAGGAGGAGCUGGAGGAGAACGGCGAGGAGGUCGAGGAGGAGGAAGAAGAGGAUGAGGAGGACAGAAUUUAGAAUGCAGACGGGAAAACCCACAGGUUCACGAAUGUCCCACGAUGGGCGCCAAAGAAGGUAUCAAUAAACUAGCGCAUUUUACAGAAACAAAAAACGAAAAAAAUGGAAAAACCAAAAAUAGGAGUAGCCCAGCAGCUCAACACUCGAAAACACUCACACACACACAUACACACACACCAACAUGCAUACAUAUAUACAUAUAUACUUAUAUAAAAUAAUUACGAGAAUAUAAUAAUGCAAGUCGCACAUUGUACAAUAGUGAAGUAAGCAUAAACGUGAAUAUUAUAAAAAAAGGGCAAAAGCAAA